AUGUGGGGAGAAGCGGUUCGACAUGCUACUUAUGUUAUUAACAGAGUCCCCACGCGAGCACUUAAAGAUAGUACUCCAUACGAAAGCUUGAGAGGAAGAAAGCCAAGUACAGCUCACAUUAGAGUUUUUGGGUGUGUUGCACACGCAAAGAUUGACUCUCAUCGUCUGAAGAAACUAGACGAUCGAUCACAGGUUCUUGUUCAUCUAGGAAUUGAGCCUGGCUCAAAAGCAUAUCGGCUCUAUAAUCCUACAACGAAGGCAAUUAUGGGAGUUGAUAAAGAAGCCAACACAAACUCUGGUAUGUUCAGUAUGACUUGGGGAACUACACUUGAUGAAGGUAUGGUCCGUUUACAGAUGGUAACCAUCAGAGAAGAACCUCUGACGCAGAGUCAGAUCAUCAAGAAGAAGAACCAGCGACUACACAUGUCGAAGAAGUCAAUGAAGAAGCAACAACUCAAGAAUCAAGACACUCAACUCGACAGAGAAACAAACCAGGGUCUGACUGGUUCAAACGCAGCAGUUGUGGUUGCGGUUACGGGAGUUUGUGGAUGCGGGUGGUUGCAGUUCCCAGCGAUUUUAAGAGAUUUUACGACUGGUUCGGUGGUUAGAAAUUAA